UAAGUACACGGUGAGAGCAGUUAACCAGAGAAAGGUGUCGGAAUCAGUUGUAGACCAGGCCUUGAUAUACAACUAUGUAGUCCUCAUGCGACCUGGGUUCUUUGAUGGGAAUCCCAAAAAGAACCCCUUUGGAAACUAAGGCCGUCUGAUGUAUGUACAGAAGAUCACAAAAAGUUGGCCCUUGAUGCAGCAAAGCAAGGGAUAGUGUUGCUAGAAAAAAAGGAUCAACUCUUCCAUUGUCCUCAAAAUAUGUCAAAAAGUUGGCUGUUAUUGGUCCUAAUGCUAAUGCCACCAAAACCAUGUUAAGUAAUUAUGCUGGUGUACCAUGUAGGUAUACUAGUCCUCUACACGGGUUUCAAAAACAUGUGAAAAGAGUGUUGUAUCAACCAGGAUGCCAAAAUGUAAAGUGUGUAGAUAAACAGCAUAUCGAAACAGCAGCUAGGGUGGCAGCCAUUGUUGAUGUUGUGGUUUUGGUAGUGGGACUCGAUCAGUCAAUUGAAGCAGAGAGACUAGACAGAGUAAACUUGACAUUACCAGGUUACCAAAAGAUGCUGGGAGAGAAGGUCACUAGUUCAGCCAAAGGAAAAGUUAUUCUUGUGAUCAUGUCAGCUGGUCCAGUUGAUGUGUCAUUCGCAACUAAAUUGAGAAAGAUUCGUGCCAUUCUGUGGGUCUGUUAUCCUGGACAAGAUGGUGGAGAAGCCAUUGCUCAAGUAGUAUUUGGACAUCACAAUCCAAGUAUUCAACAAUCCGAGGGAACAACCUUUUAGCAUUGAGUAGAUAAAUGAA